AUGCUAUCCUCGGCGCUUGUCCCGCUAGCCAGCGUCAAUGCACGCCUCGCUCAACCCGUGCACGCGACGCUGUAUCCUUUCGCGCUCGCUACCACCCUGCACGCGCUUCGCGUCGCGAUCGCUUACCGCGCGAUUUGCUCGGCGUUCCGUGCUCGACGUCGAGCCGAAGCCAAGCACUCGGCCGCCGAUCUGUACGUCUCGCCACUGCGCGAUGCAGCCGGCUUCCUCGUCAUGGCCUGGGGCGGGGGUUUCAUCUCGAAUUACGUGCUCUGCCAGAUCCCUGCGCAACUCGUCAGCGUCUCGCCUUGGAUCAACUACCUGUCCGUAUACGCUCUCACUUCGCUGCUCAUCUCGAUCGUCGGGUCCGGUCCAAGUGCCAAAUUGCUCGAUCUCUGGCUACCCGUGUUGGACGGAGCGACGCGAACAGCUGCUACAUACGGCGGAAUUCAGAUGGUCUUGAACCACGCCAAUCCUGCGGCGCGAAACAGCCUGUUGCUCCAGCUCAUCAUCGGCACCAUUUCGGCUUGCGGUGGAGGAAUCAGUGCGUUCACGCUCAACGUGUUCGAUCCGUUGGGUUGGAGUGUGAGCACGCCUCCGUUUUUGAAGGCCAAGAGUCUGGUCGAAUUCACCGAUAUUCUAGCACCGGCUUUGGCAAGUGCCGUGUAUGGUGUACUGACGCUCAGCCAUCCAGGCUACGGAUCGGUGCUGAGCCUGGUCCAUGGCGAAACAAAGGGUCUGUUGAGUCAGGAAGGCGGCAAAGCGGUCAUUUCGUUGGUAAUCGGGACGUGUUUCUUUUUCAGGGCGGUUUGGUUGCAUGUCGUGUUGCCAGCCACCAGCAAGCAGGCACAGCCGACCACGCCUCGUCCUAUUGCGAGCAACAAGGCGGUCCGAAAUGUUGCUGCUAGGAACACUUAG